GUCAGUUGCAUUAAUAAGAGAGAGCUUUUAAAACAUGUCGUUGAAUGAGAAACUUUCCCAAUUUUCGGAAAAUUCUGAAACGAAGAAGGGAACAUUUCGUCACAAAUGGAUCCCUAUUUUGAAGUCUAUCUCCGUAGAGCCGGCCAUCCUUUGUACCAUGACGUCCUGCUUAAUGACGCAUCUAAUCAGUCAAAAUCUCUACCUGGAGAAUAUCUGUCUCGUCGACAGAAACAAUUCUGGCAGCAUAUGCGAAGAGAUUGUCAAAGUAAAUGAGACAUUUGCGGAUGAAGAAGUAGAAAUUCAAAAGAUUUUUAGUCAAAAUCAAACCUAUCGUGCCAUCCUAGAUAAUGCUUUACCACUAAUCUUCAUAAUGUUUGUGGGGCCAUGGAGUGACCACUACGGGAGGAAGAUCCCCCUCCUCUGUAGCACCCUGGGAUGGAUGACUUAUCCCAUUUUGACGAAUUUUCUCUCCUCCAGGAUGUAUACGAUGGAUCCUGUUCUUCUCAUGCUAUUGGCAGGAAUUCCACAAUGUUUAAUGGGGAGCACGUUUGGACUCAUGAUGAGUGCAAAUAGUUAUAUCUGCGACAUAUCGAACAGUUACACGAGAACGGUACGGCUCGGAAUCUUAUUCGCAUGCUUUAAUCUCGGCCUCCCAAUAGGAUUUUCGCUGGCUGGGCAGUCUAUUCGGAGGGGGUGGGGAUAUUCGAAGAGUUACUGGAUUUCUGCUGUCAUUGGGGCCGUCGGUGUCAUCAUAGUCUUCUUGAGGGUGAAGGACGUCGAAUAUUCGGAACGAAAAAGAAAUACUAAUCUCUCUCAGAAUGACCAGCAAGAAGAAAAUAUUGAAUCUGAACUGAAAAUGGGAGAAAAAUCGGAGAAAGUUCCCGGACUUUUGGCCGCGAUUAACCCGAAGAAUAAUUUUUAUCAAGUAUUACGCUUUCCGUUUAGGCGACGAGAAGAUUACGACCGUCUAAAGAUAUGGUUGCUGUUGAUCGCUUUUACAUUCGCAUCAGCCCCAUAUCACGGUGAAUUUCCAUUGAUGUAUGUUUUUCUCCGAGAAAGACUAAAUUGGGAUGCGGUCGAAUAUGGCGACUUUUCCACGUACCCUUCCUUCAUUUCUGUGGCAGGAGUCAUACUUUCGAUGGGAAUAUGCUCAAAAUUGUUAAAACUAUCCGAUCAAAUGGUCGGAUUUCUUGGAGGAAUUAGCCAAUUUGGUGGAUGCAUUCUCUAUGCUGUAGCCAUUAAUAAGGUCAUGAUGUAUUUAGCCCCCGCCGUGGACAUGAUGAACGGAACGAUGAUCGUGGUGUCGAGGUCCAUGAUGUCCAAGCUUGUCCUACCAGGUGAAAUUGGGACACUCAUGUCGCUAAUUUCUAUUUUAGACGUGUUAACACCGCUUUGUACGGUUCCACUUUACUCGGCCGUGUAUCGCUGGACUGUCGCAACCUUCUCGGGGUCGUUUAUCAUCCUUUCCGCCGUACUUACGGUCCCACCACAACUCAUUUUCAUUUGGUUCUUGUGGAAGAAAAAUUCACCCGAAAAGCGUCCCAACAAACCCACAUGUGGAAAUUACCAAAUCCAAUGAAAAUUUUAUGUCCAGGCGUCAAUUACCAAAGUGAAAGUAAGCGCGUGUCGAAUUUUUGAAUCUCAUAGUUAAGAAAUUGAAAUUAUUUAUUUGCAUAUAUUUAUCUAUUUAUAUCCUAGACUUACAGCAGAACUUUGUUAGAACAGAUUUGAUAACAUACUUAUUAGCUAGAGUAAUCAUUUGUUCAGGGAUUCGGUAACAAACUAAAUACAUAUGCACAAAUCUAUGUAAAA